GAGAUUGAAUCUCGCUGUGCUGGACAUUUUCAAAAGGUGGCCUAUCGUUUUGAAAUAGCUGUGAUAGGCGGCUCUCUCUAUUCAAAUUGCUAGGAAUAAGAGCUGUCUGUCCAUGGGUCCAUCCACGCUUAGAAGCAUCCAAUUACUAACAGUAAAUGUUCUAAUGACAUGAGGACCCUGGGCGGUCUAUAUACGAGUAGUCGCGCAGUCUAUUAAGACCGAUAUCGCACCAUCUCCCCUUGAACAUUACUUUCAGUAUGACCAUGUCCGGGCUUCUUGGAUGGUCUUUCAUAGCGUUGGGGGCAUUUAUCUUCAGAUACAUACUGAAGGUCGGCUCCAGAGAAACUGGACUUCCACCGGGACCACCAACCUUACCUGUUCUGGGUAACAUCCAUCAGUUCCCAACGAAGUAUACUCAUAUUCAAUUCUCGAGAUGGGGUAAGCAGUUCGGUGGGAUAUUCUCGUUAAAGAUUGGCUCUGGCACCAUGGUCGUCAUAUCAAGUCCUCGUAUCGUUAAGGACUAUCUAGAUAAGCGGAGUGCAUCUACAUCGAGCCGCCCGCACAUCAGAAUGGUAGAAAUGAUCACCGAUGGCUUGGGCUUUGCAAUGAUUUCGGCCUUAGGUCCUGUGUGGAAGAGCUUGCGGAGAGCAAUACAAAUGUUUCUCACUAAGGAAGCUUGUAGGAGACAUCUGCCAAUUGAACGUGUAGAGGCAAUUCAACUUUUAUAUGACACACUCAAACAACCAGAGGACUUGUUUACCCACGUACAAAGGCAUGCGACCUCACUGAUCCUUUCAACUGUCUUCGGCGUCCGAAGUCCACGAUACGAGAAUAGUACGGUGACCGAAUUCAUUGACGUACAGCACAGAGUGGAAGCGGCAUUAGAACCUGGAGCGCACCCGCCUAUUGAUCUUAUGCCUAUACUCCAAUACGUUCCGGAGCGAUGGGCGAGCUGGAAGGGUAUCUGCCGUGACAUUCGAGCCAAACAACGAAAGCUAUACGUAGGUCUACGAGACAAAUGCGAGGCUCGUAUGCGAGAAGACCGCCGUAACGGUUCCUUUUUGGAAACACUUUUCGACCAGAAAGAUGCACUCGGCUUGACUCGAGAUAUGAUUGGGUAUCUUGGCGGCGCUUCUCUAGAGGGAGGUUCAGUCACUGCCGUGUCACAUCUUCAAACCUUCGUCCUCUGUAUGGCAUGCCAUCCGGAAGUGCAAGCGAGAGCGCACAUGGAGAUUGAUCAAGUUGUUGGGUCAAACAGGAUGCCAAGCCUGGAAGACUUCGAGCACCUUCCUUACUUGCGAGCAAUUGUCAAAGAGGUUCACCGAUUCUAUCCCGUCGUGCCAAUGGGGCUUCCUCAUGCGUCCACUUCAGACGAGAUGGUUGACGGUUUCUUCAUACCAAAAGGAACUACACUGUUCAUGAACAUUUAUGGUAUCUAUCAUGAUGAAGAUCUCUUCGAGGACCCAGAGGUUUUCAACCCCGACCGAUACCUAAGUUCAGAAUUCGGAACUAAACCUGGUGUUGACACUGCUGGAUUCCGGCAUGAUUUCCAUUUUGGAUGCGGAAGGCGUAUAUGUCCUGGUAUCCUUCUGGGAGAUACAAUGAUAAUGAUGAACGUCAUGAAUCUCCUGUGGGCUUUCAAUUUUAAGGCGGUCGAUAUGAACAAGCGUGACCCGCAUGUUCCUAUUCAGUAUACGGAUUUCACUGCUGGUCUUGCAACAGGUCCAAAGCCCUACCAAUGUGAUAUCAAACCUCGAAGUCAGGAGCGUGCAGACAUUGUACGCUCCGAAUUUGCUCAGGCGAGACCUAUUUUCAGCAUGUUUGAACACGAGCUUUCCCCAGAGGAGAAAGAUUUUGUCGCCCACUGGUAAAGUUUCCUUAUGGGAAGGUUGGCGUUAUGUUGUGGCACUUCGCAAGGUCGGUGAAUAUCUCAUACAUGUGAUAACGGAGUGUGAUGCAGGGGUUAUGACGAUGUGCUACGAUAUGUAUCUGCAGUUAAACUCAUAGAUGUGAAGUAUGAUCAGUGCUUCAACCUGAAAAGGAUUCAAACACGCAGCCGAUACGUUCCUCUCUUUUUCCGGUGAUUGUGACAAUGAAGGAGCUCGGUUAUG